GCAGCAAGAAACGUCUCUUUCCUUCCUUUUUUCAUCCAGUCCUCUAUACCUCAGUUACUACUGCCUCUUCUUCUCCCCGUUGCAUUCCAGAUCAAGCAGCAAGAGCAACAACAACAACAACAAGAAGAAGAACAAGAUUAAUAUAAUUUCUCAGCUCUGUCACCAUCCUCAUCAUGCCCCUCUUCAAGCAGCUCCGUCGUCGCUCCAGAGCGAGCUUCCGUACCACAAAAUCAACAGAGACCAAAUCCAAUGAAUCCCAGUCCAAUGGUGAAAUGACCUCGGGGAAGUCGUCCUCGACCCUCGAUACAGCUUCGUACAGCUCCGUCACACCUCCAUCCUCCAUCAAACCCAAUCUCUCCUCCCAUAACCUCCCCGCGCUGAGUGAAUCCAAUGGCAGCACCAACGGCACAAGUCCUUCCCUUCCUGUGCCGCAGCCACGACCGCCUCCCCUGAUGCCACCCUCCCAGCGGAACAGCUAUUUUGGUGGUAGCUCGCCUUCCAUCAAUGGCGCCGCUCGAUCGCCACAACCAUCCUCUCCAUAUGCCCCGAGAAUUAUAUCCAUCUCGGAAAACUCAUGGGUACAUCAAAAAGUUCUACUGGUAUAUGGCCAAGUCGGAGAUCCAAGACAACGCCCACUCGAUGGAAAUGUGACCGUCUUUCAUCAUCAAGAUAAUUUCCCACCCGUGACGUGGCCAGUAACAUCCUCCCAUUUCAAAGCUCUUGUACAUCUAGCUCCAGGACCCAACCGUCUUCGCUUUGAUUUCACCUCGACCAAAUCAUCAUCCACCAGUCUUCACCAGGCCACCCAUUCGUCCUGGAUCUGUGUCAACUAUCUGCCCCUGGUUAAUUCUCCGCCUCUGCAUCUCGUGAUACUACUCGGAAAGGACUCCGACGGAACAUUCGAUGCGGUUCCGGAGCGAAAACAAAAGGAAGGCAAUAACCUGGAAACCGCGAUUCGAAAAUAUCGCAUGGCUGCAUACCUCUGGCAAGCAUUCACUGGGGAGCAAAUGUUCCGGAAUAAUUUCGGACGGAGGUGCUUCCGUUUCGAAGAAGAAUGGCAGCCAGGCACCUUGAGUCAGCGCGAUGCCACGAAUGGCCAGAUGCGGAACGAAGCCAAGGUUCAUAUCGUUCGUACUGAUAAAACUGUCGCAGAGUUACGGGACCUGGAGUGCGCUCAGCAAUACGGCCCCGCCACACGUAAGGACGACCUCUUCCAGAUCGCUCAGGAAGCCGUCAAAGCCCACUUCCACUUGCAACCGGGUCAAAAACAGUAUGUAUCUGUCCUGCUUCUCGACUCUCAUUGGGAUACGGAAUCCCAAACCAUUACCGGCCAUGCCGCCCUGGGUUCGGGCCAGGGUGACCUGAAGAUGGCAAUGUUCGGCUCCCAUUGUCUCCAAAGCUACCCGUCGAGUCUGGAGGAUGUGGUCGACGCAUUUUCUGAUUGCACUCGAACCAACACGGAUUACAUCGCCAACGACCAUGGCGAGGCCGGAUCCAGCUGGGAGGUGGCUAAUCUAGGGAUUGGGGCUCAUCUUCACGAAGUUGGCCAUCUCUUUGGCUGCCCGCAUCAAGAGUCGGGGAUUAUGCUACGAGACUAUGUGCGCCUCAACCGAUCGUUUAUGACCCGUGAGCCCUUUUCGACCCGAACAAAAAUCCAAGGCUUAAACCCAUGCCUACCCCAAGACGAGUGUGGGUGGCAUCGCCUGGAUGCCUUACGUUUCCGCUUCCACCCUUGUUUCCGGCUCCCUGGCGAUCCCCCCAUCAGCUCGGACGACAGCGUUCAGGUCUGGCCAGUCGAGAACGGCAAGAUCUUGCUCACAGCCACGACUGGAAUCGCAUUUAUAGAACUGUACGCGGAGGGCGACCAAGUCAGCCGAAAUUUCAUCGAAUACGUCAAUAGUGAAUCCACCAGCAACGGACUACCGAGGCAGGUUGUUUUGACAGAAAGCGAACUCCGACAGCGCGUUUUCGGCAGCGAGAAGGAGAAGAAAAAACAGAUCAGACUGUCUGCGCUGUCUGGCGCUCUUGGGGUAUAUGCCGUUGGCUCCAUCAGUAGUCUGAAGACCAAAAAUUCUCAGGUGAAACUUCCCAAGGGGGUUGGUUACCGCGGAUGUAAACUUGGCCAAUCGCAAUUGCCAGGGAGUCAGCCAAAUCAACUGCUUUUAGACUGUGCUUUCGAAUCCACCAAACUUCUUACGUCAGUCAAGGUGUACCACGGGGCAGCAGUGAAUGGACUGGAAUUUUUCUAUGAGGAUGCUACCAGCCAAUUAUUUGGCAAUAGGGGAGGAAAGCCUGGUGGUGAUGAUUUUGUGCUUGAUACUCGACGCGGCGAGAUUCUUCUUGGUUUCUAUAUCCGUGCGGGAGAAUGGAUUGACGCUAUUGAGAUUUUGACUAGCCUGGGGAGAAAAUCCGGCAUCUUUGGUAAUGCCCGUGGGGGUUCAGGGUACGAGAAAACUCUUGUGUUUUGGUGUUCGUAUGGCGGCUGUCUUGUGCUGAUUUCUCUAUUCCAGGUACAACUUGAUCCCUCCUCUGGGUUAUAAAGUUGCAGGCAUCUCAGGAUCCUGUGGCGAAUGGGUCGAUGGCUUCUCUCUAAUCAUUAUGCACUGAUUUCCCCUCGAGGAGAUGACCGCCCCAUAAACACCUCACGUCCGUAUAGAGAAACGAUCCCAGGAUUCGUGCCUUGCGGGCACCCUCCUUCAUCCCAAGGUUUCAACCCUACUCUAAAUCCCAGCUCCACCACGGUACUUUGGGACACUACAUCCGGUUCCAUCGGUCAACUUGAGUCUGUUGGGCUCCCCGCAAACUCUAGAUUGCCCUUUCUUUUUUCCUUUUCUUCUUUCUCCCUCUCUCUCUCUCUCUCUCUCUC